AUGCAUAAGGAUUUCAUUGUCUGCUAUUUUAAUGGAAGAUCUCCACCUUUCCAUCAGAUUCAGAGUGUUCUCAACCAUAUGUGGGGCAAAGGGAAAAGACUAGAGAUCCACAACAACCCCUUAAACCAUUCAGCCAUUGUCCGCAUCACCAGUGAUUACCUGCGCCAAAAUAUUCUGGAAAAAUAUAUUUGGUACAUUGGUGAUUCUAUGUUUCAUACAGCACAAUGGGCAGCUAGUCAUUCUUCAACUACUCCUAUUCUUAGUUCGAUCAAAAUCUGGGCUCAUCUAACUGGGGUUCCCCUCGACUUACGACACCAGCAAGGACUCAGUCUAGUUGCAGGACUAGUUGGGGAUCCAAGAGAGACAGAUGAUUUUACCUUGAAUCUGGUCAGCCUUACACUCUCCCACGUCAAGGUAGAGGUCGAUCUCACUAAGCAACUUCCUAAAGUCGUUGAAUUCUCACGUCAAAGUGGAGAGGUGGUGGAGGUUCAGGUUGAUUACCCGUGGUUGCCUGCUACCUGCUCUCAUUGUCAAGAACUGGGUCAUGUUGUUCGUAACUGUCUCAAGGUCCCACCAGCACCAGUUCCGACUGCAAACAAACAAAAAGGAAAAGGAUUAGCAACUCCAGCCAAAAAGCCCUCUGAACCAUCCCAAACUAAGCACUACGUAGCCAAGAAGCAGCAAGUUCCUGCUUCCGCUUCUAAAGAUGCGUCUUGUUCCUCUACUCCUAAAAAAAACUCAACCUCAAAAAGCUCUUUUGUACCUCCCCCACCAACAUUCCUGACUCCCAUAUCCGUUUCCAAGCCUGUUAAAGACCCUACUAAAAUCCAUUCUCUCCCUCAAAGUCCUUCUGACAAGCCACGUAAACCUUCCCUGAAAAGAACCUGUUCUUCUCCUUCACUUUCCCCACCUCAAAACUCCAUUGACUCCACCAAAACCUCUAACCAGACCCAUAUCUCUCCUUUCCUUCAUGAAGGUUUAGGCGCUUUCAUAUCAGACACUCCAAACUUCAACCCCAACUCUUUUAUCCCGUUUUCAGUCCUCACUACUAGUCCUCAUCUCCAGCCUGCUUGA